GGAGUUGUGGGUUAUGUGGCGGGACCGUGUCCUUCAUUACUUUGGAAAUUGCUGCGUCUAUGCAGCGUCUAACGAAACGGAUGCGAGAGGGUGGUGUGGGCUGGUUUGGCGUGCUCUGAACAGGUAAGUGUGUGAACAGGGAUCGGCUCUAUUCUGAGAAUUUGGGUUGAUGGUGUGUAGGCGCGUUGUUUGUGUGGUUUUGCGAGGUGAGUACGGCGGAAGAGCUGUCUCCGUCUUACUCUGGACUGGUGUAACGAGAUAGGUGGACGUCCUCUAUUGGGCUGCGAUUUCUUAUUUUGAACAGGCAGGGAUUGUCCCCGCACGAUGCAGGUAAGCACUGCCUGGUACCCUCCUCUUUAGAUUUCUACUUCUUCUGUUCUCGUUUCGCCUUGUUUCUAAAUUACCUUCUCACUGCUUCAUCUGCUCUCUGUCCCGUCUAUUCUCUGUUUCUUUUCUCUCUGUCCCGUCUCAUCUUUACAUCAAGAUGCCAUCAAUACUUCACAAAACCUCUCGCAAGAAUCGUCCAUCCGCGCGGACCAUAGAAUACCGUCCGCUCCGCGCAGAAGCGAAAGAAAUUCGCAUCUUGGUGCUUCUUCCACAUGAAGACCCCGAAGCAUCGAUUCACUGCGAACUCGAACACUGCAGUCUGGACGACAAUCCUGUCUACGAAGCGCUGUCGUAUGUCUGGGGGGACCCAGAGCCACCUUUUCUUAUCAUAUGUGAUGGUCAGGUCGUCGCCAUCCGAUACAAUUUGUUCACAGCUUUACGCAAGUUUCGCAGACCUGCAGAAAGAAGACGCCUCUGGGCAGAUGUGCUGUGCAUCGAUCAAUCAAACAUCCCCGAACGGAAUGCGCAAGUCGCAAUAAUGGGCUCGAUCUAUCGACAAGCUCAUUCAACUUUGAUAUGGAUUGGAGAGGGUAAAGGGAAUGCUGAGGAGAGCUUGGACAGACUCCGGUACCUUGCCGCUCAAUACAUGGCAAGGAACACCAAUCACAGGAGCCAAUGGCCGCAAAGGCUAAAAAUGGAUACCAUAGGUUAUUGAUGCGCAUUGUUCUCCAGGAAAAAUAUUGGUCCCGUGUCUGGAUAAUUCAGGAA